AUGACCUCUUCGGGAGAUCGCUACACUAGAGAUGCGAGUGGGUUCUCGUCUCCGGGCGCGAAUAUAACCCAGAGCCAUAUAAAGCAAGCACCGCAACCACAGCGCCAGACUACUGCACCCCAGGAUGUCGGGCUGCACCAACAUCUGCCCCAAAAUCAACACUCUGGAACAGCCUACUAUCCUCAUCAGGACCGACCGUAUCCACAAACAGCUUCAAGUCAAAGCACACUGGGCUAUACCUAUGCUCCAUCAAAUCAGCCCGCCUACCAGGGAAGUCGUAUCACCCAGGGACCCAACGAUACUCCCGGCAAUCAAUACCAAGUAAAUUUGCCAGGGGUCCAGCACUCGAUGGAUGACCCUCAACGAAGAACAACCAACUUCGUGAACGGUCAGCGAGUUAGAAUGGCAACGUCUCCUGACGAAGCCGAACAAAACGGUAUCAGGCGCGGUACUAACACUAUCUCGCAAUUUGACAACCAGUUCACAGGGACUGUUGGUACCAGCACUUCGGCCAGUGAGGCUCAGAGGGAUGAGCGAUAUCCUCAAUACACCCAUCAGAGUUGUCCUGGCUAUCCUAGAACUCUCGACUAUCGCGGCCAAAAUAACAGCUCUUCACAAGCACGACGGUGA